AUGAGACCCGUGUGUCGAGAAUGUGCACGUUAUCUUGGAGGACACGGUGGACUCGUUGUGGCGAACUUUGGAAUUGGUGACGGUGGAUACCGGUGUCAUGUGAAUCUUCAAAAAUUCCUCUCAGAGAGGCUACUGUGUGUGGACAAUUUUAGGAGGACCACUUGUGGUUUUCCUGCCUGCCCACAACUCAUGAGCCACUUCUUCUUCCUCUGCAUUGCAGUAUUCAUUCCACAAUGCGACAAAAAACGAGGAGUCACUGCCCCAUUCGCUAUUGAUGCCAAUUUGCUGCUAAUCAACCACCUUGAGGCUGUCAACUUGCUACAGCUCACACCAUUUCAUAAUCAUUGGCUUUCCCACUUUUAUUGGAACUCGAAUUGGGUUGCCGAGCUAUUGCAAGAAGCCUUGGAAGUUGCUCAAGAAGACAUUAGCGCCCCAGUUCCAAAUCGUAGUCAUUCCACACUGCGACAAAAAAAACGAGGAAUCGCUGCCUACGACGGUUGCAAACGACUGACUGAGUUGUGCCUUAGACCUCUGCACUUUCACGUUGAUCUUCGGUAUUGGAUUGUAGCCGGCAGUAGGGCGGAUGGAAAACUCUUUGUGCAGACAUUGGAUUGCAGAAAGAGAGAGAGAGAGAGGUAA